GAAACUUCUUUGGGCAAGAUGGGUCUCUACCGCGUCCGCGUGUCCAGCGGGUCCUCGCUCUGCGCGGGCUCCAACAAAAAGGUGCAGCUGUGGCUGGUCGGCCAGCACGGGGAGGUGGCGCUCGGGUGGCGCCUGCGGCCGAUGAGGGGCAAGGAGGCGGAAUUCGAGGUGGACGUGUCAGAGUACCUGGGGCCGCUGCUGUUCGUGAAACUGAGCAAAUGGCACCUCCUUCAGGAUGACGCGUGGUUCUGCAACUGGAUCUCCGUGCAGGGCCCCGGGGCCAGUGGGGACGAGUUCAGGUUCCCAUGCUGCCGCUGGCUGGAGGGCAAAGGCAUCCUGAGCCUACCCGAGGGCACUGGUCACACAGUGGUCGACGACCCUCAAGGCCUGUUCAAGAAACACAGGGAGGAGGAACUGGAAGAGAGAAGGAAGCUGUACUGGUGGGGUAACUGGAAGGAUGAGUUAAUCCUGAAUAUGGCCGGGGCCACAAUAUGUGACCUCCCCAUAGAUGAGAGGUUUCUGGAGGACAAAAGAAUUGACUUUGAGGCUUUGCUGGUCAAGGGGCUGGCAGACCUAGCCAUCAAAGACUCUUCAAAUAUUCUGACUAGCUGGAACAGUCUGGAUGACUUCAACAGGAUUUUCUGGUGUGGCCAGAGCAAGUUGGCAGAGUGGGUGCGGGACUCCUGGAAGGAGGAUGCCUUAUUUGGGUACCAGUUUCUCAAUGGCUCCAACCCCAUGUUGCUGAGAUGCUCCAAUCACCUUCCUGCCCGCCUAGAGUUUCCUCCAGGGAUGGAGGAGCUGCAGGCCCAGCUGGAGAAGGAGCUCCAGGGAGGCACACUAUUUGAAGCUGACGUCUCCUUGCUGGAUGGGAUCAAGGCCAACGUCAUCCUGUGUAGCCAGCAGUACCUGGCUGCUCCUCUGGUUAUGCUGAAACUGCAGCCUGAUGGGAAACUCUUACCCAUGGUCAUCCAGCUCCAACUGCCAUGCAAGGGGUCUCUCCCACCACUGCUUUUCCUGCCCAUGGAUCCCCCGAUGGCCUGGCUCCUGGCCAAAUGCUGGGUCUGCAGCUCUGACUUCCAGCUUCACGAGGUGCAGUCUCAUCUCCUAAGGGGACACUUGGUGGCUGAGGUCAUUGCUGUGGCCACCAUGAGGUGCCUUCCAUCGAUACAUCCUAUGUUCAAGCUUCUCAUUCUGCACAUUCGAUACACCAUGGAAAUUAACCUCAGGGCCAGGACUGGGCUGGUGGCUGAUUUGGGAAUUUUCGACCAGGUGGUGAGCACGGGUGGGGGCGGCCACGUGGACCUGUUCAAGAGAGCAGGAGCCUUUCUAACCUAUAGCUCCUUCUGCCUUGAUGACCUGGCUGAGCGGGGGCUCUUGGGAGUCAAGUCUCCUUUCUAUGUGCAAGAUGCCCUUCGGCUCUGGGAAAUCAUCUCUCACUACGUGGAGGGCAUUGUGAGUCUCCACUAUAAGACGGACAAGUCUGUGAAAGAGGAUCUUGAGCUGCAGGCCUGGUGUUGAGAGAUCACUGAGAUUUGACUGCUAGGGGCCCAGGACCGAGGGUUUCCCAUCGCCCUACAGUCCAAGGACCAGCUUUGCCACUUUGUGACCACGUGCAUCUUCACCUGCACUGGCCAGUACAGCUCCAACCACCUGGGCCAGCUCGACUGGUAUGUUUGGGUCCCUAACGCACCCUGCACGAUGCGGCUGCCCCUGCCAACCACCAAGGAUGUGACACUGGAGACAGCGAUGGCAACACUGCCCAACUUUCAUCAGGCUUCUCUCCAGAUGUCCAUCACUUGGCAACUGGGCAGACGCCAGUCCAUCAUGGUGGCUCUGGACCAACAUGAGGAGGAGUAUUUUUCGGGCCCUGAGCCCAAGGCUGCGCUGAAGAAGUUCAGGGAGGAGCUGGCUGCCCUGGAAAAGGGCAUUGAGAUCCGGAAUGCUAAGCUGGACUUGCCCUAUGAAUACCUGUGGCCCAGCCUGGUGGAAAACAGUGUGGCCAUAUGAGUGCCCCAAGCCUUGGGUUGUUUC